AUGGCUGAUGUUUUCAAAAGCCUGAGCUUCCUUGAGACCCUGAAAGAAUCCAUAGACAGCAAUAAGUUAUCAGAUGUCAGGGACGCGGUGGAAGAUCUCCUGAUCAGUAGGAUAAACUUGGCUGUGGUGGGAAACCGCGGUGAUGGAAAAGACUCCUUCAUCAACUCCCUCCGUGGCCUCGGACCAGGGGAUGAGGGGGCGGCUCCUGCUUCGACCCCCGUGGCCUCAGAGGGCGUGGCAGGCUACCCUGACCCUAAACACCCGGACUUCCGCCUGUGGGACCUGCCGCCUGUGCCCGACACCUCCCCAUUCGAACCUGAGGGAUACAUGGAUAGAGUUAAAUUCCUCCGCUACAACGCUGUCUUCAUGGCAUUCACAAAUACGCCCCAUCCCAACAGUGUGCAGGUGUUCUUGGAAGCCCGCUCACUUCAGACACAAACGGUGUACUGGGUUCUGUUAGCCUCAGUGGGAGAUCCAGAGAAGAGCCUGGAAGAGAAGAGGAAAGUCAGUCUGGAAACACUGAGGUCACUGGGUGUGACGCAGCCUAAAGUCUACGUGGUCAGACCCUCCACCCUGGAGAAGUCUGACUUCCCUGCUCUGUUGGACGACUUGGGCAAAGACCUUCCAGAGAUCCGAGCCCAAGCCCUUCUCUUGGCUCUCCCAACGCUCACCUCAGCCCUGGUCACACAGAAAAAGGAGGCCUUCAAAGCUCUGGUAUGGGCCGCUGCGUCGCUAUCUGGUGGGAUGUCUGCCAUUCCCGUCCCCCUGGUGGCUUCUAUGGUGGACUCGAGUGUAGCGGUGCGGAUCCUGACAAAAGCACAGUUAUCUCUGUGCCUGGAUGAUGAAUCAGUCGAGCGACUGGCCCGGCAGCGCGGCGUGGAACCCCCGAGACUUAAAGGGCUGCGUACUUGUGCUCUGUCAGGGGAGGUUACCAAAGGGGAAGUGAAGAGGCGACUGGCGGCGGCAGAACAGGACUUGGCCACGGUGUCGUCAAAGCUGGUGGAGAUGGCCAUGCCCAGACACGCCCGUUAUGCCAGCCGCUCCUUCACCGCCAUGCUGCAAGCUCUGAACGGCGCCAUUGAUGAAAUGGCGGCUGAUGCCGUGAAUAUCGUGGCUGCAGCUCUCGGGGAGAGGGAGUGA